AUGUUCCGUAAUUUAUUUUUAUUUUUUUCGAAAAAACCUUCAGAGGCUUACAAACAAUUAGUAUCGUUGGGAAAAAUAACAUCCGACGAUAAUCAAAUAAAAGCUUUACCUGUUUUUGACAGACUAUUUGAUGAUCUGGUUCAAUUUAAACAAAACGAGAAAAUCAAUCGAGUUCCUAAAAGGCAAACAGAGCUUCGCCCACCAAAUCGUUUGGGUAUAAUACCAUCGUUUUUUCUUUAUCAGGAACAAACGAAAAAAGUUCUUAGAGCCCUUGCCUCAACCACAAAUGAUAAAGAUACCAUCGAUAACUACCAUCCUUUGUCUAAUGUAAAAGGAUUGUAUGUAUGGGGUACUGUUGGAUGUGGAAAAACGAUGCUUAUGGAUCUUCUUUACGAUAAUCUGCCCCUGGGGAUUAAAAAAAAGCGCAUUCAUUUCCAUCAAUUCAUGCUUGAUGUUCAAAAAACAUCCCAUAAUAUUCGCUACAAUACCAAGGAGGACAUGCAGGAUAUAAACAACCGCUCAAAUAUGAUUAAUUAUAACACUGAUAGUAGACUAAAACGGACACCAGGUUCAGAGAUAAAUUUAUUUGAUGAGUUAGCACAGCGUUUAAUCAGCGAUGUGGAGCUUCUAUGCUUCGACGAAGUUGCAGUUUCUGAUGUCGCGCAUGCUAUGAUCCUAAAACGACUCUUUAAUUCCUUUUAUAAAAUAGGUCUGGUUGUUAUCUUUACUUCUAAUAGGCCACCAGACGACCUCUACCUCGGUGGCCUGAAUCGAGGAGGGUUUUUGCCAUUUAUUGAUCUUGUAAAAAAACAAACACAUGUUUUCUUUCUUUCGAGCAAUACUGAUCAUCGUUUGCUAGGCCAGGAGGGUGACACUUAUCUAACUCCCUUUACUGAAGAAAAUGACAAAAAAUUUGCUCAAUUGUAUAAUACCUUAUGCAAGGGAAUGCCUUCAUCAAAGUGUAUUCUAAAAGUUUUUGGGAGAGAUGUAGUUAUACCAAGUGCAUGUGAUGGUGUGUGUUGUUUUGAUUUCUCUGAAAUAUGUGGGGCAGAUGUUUCGUCUGCCGAUUAUGAAUUAAUAGCUGCAACUUAUCAUACAGUCUUUAUUCGUGGUGUUCCGAUUUUUUCCUACAAGGACAGCGAUGUUAAAAAUCGUUUUCUUUUAUUAAUUGAUUCAUUGUAUGAAUACCGCUGUAAAGUAAUUAUUUAUGCGCAAGCGGAGCUCUUCAAGCUUCAGGCUAGUAAAGAUGAUUCUGUAGAGAUCUUUGCUGAUGAUAAGCAGCGAUUAGAUCAACUAAUUGAUAAAGAAAAAGAAACAGUGGAAGAUCUUGCAGAUUAUUCCGAUUUAUCUUUUCAAAUGCAGCGCUGUAUUUCAAGGCUUUGUGAAAUGCGUUCUAAGGAGUACAUUGUAUCUUCACACAAAAGACAAAAUUUUGAUGAGUGA